AUGAUGCAAGGUCGCCGUGUACCAUUCUUCCACCAUGAAUGCUUCCGCUUUAGACUUUAUGACAUAUCGGACGCCCUAACCACUUCUGGAGAAUGGAGUUUUGAACCGCCCGCAAGCGAGAUCAGUCGAUGUUCUCAUCGUAUCAAGAACCUGCUGGCCCCAAAGCUUAGAGACCAACUUCAGAUCAGACUGCCUCCCGAGACUCUAAUAACUAUUGCUGGACAUCUUGUACGAGAAUGUGCUGCUGUCACAGCUGAAGAACAGUCGCUAGGCACCGCGGUCUCUGAUACUACUGUUGACGUUACGCGAGAUAUAUACGCCAAUUAUACUGCUGUCGACGGCGUGCGUUAUGUCAAGAGCCUUUGCAAUACGGCGUCAAAUUCCGAUGACCCAGAUCACCCCACGCUACUGAGCAAAAAGAGUAAGCCAAUUGACAAAAUAUGGAUCGCUGAAGAUCAUCGUGGAAUUCGGUGUGUCGUAUUCUGUGGUAAGGAUGCCCUGCUGGUAGGGUCAACACCGAUUACGAAGUCAUGGUGGAGGCCUCUUACUAUUUCGAACGAUACCAAAGAGAUUGCAAUAAAGUCUGAUGGUAUCAAGUUGCGAGACAUCGUUUUAUCUGGUGAGAGUGGACCGAAACCUAGCAGCAACUAUGUUAGUUGGGCAGAUCUUUCACAUCCGGAGAAUGUCAUUGACAUCAUGACACUUGAGCCAAUUGGCGUUGUCCCCGAGAGACUCAGGAUGAUGCCCUUCACUUGCAACGCCAGUGGUACAACAGGAUACACGGCAGUGACAGAUGGACCAUCUGUUGCAAUGAUCCAUGCUCACGGACACGAUGAUACUAGCUUCUAUGCAGAUGUGGAUGCUGCUUACCCUCGCGACUUCUUUAUGCACAUGCCUCUAGAUGAUGGGGAAUAUGUUACUGAGAUAUGUCGAAGGCAUGGACUGGGCGCAGGGAAUCGGUCCUCGGCAUGUUUGGUGUUCACAACCAACAAAGGAAGAAAUACACUUUUUGGAACAAGUGGUCCUCCAGAGUCUUGCUUAGCGCUUGAAAAGAUCUUUACACCCGCAGAAAGCGGAACCACCAUAUGGUUCAACGACUCAUCAUCGGUGCAAUCAAAGUCACUCAGAUAUUUUGCCUACGACGUGACUGAACCACCUUCUCAACGACCCUUCCCAGCCUCAUUGGUUCCAAACGCUCCGUGCUUUUGGACUACGAGCACUGAGCCAUGGUUCGUUUCAUCCUGCAGCAUGGAAGGACUUGUGGCUAUGACCCUCUGCAGGGAUACGGCACUUGCUCAUCGACCCAUCAUCGGGAUCUUGGUAGAAUACGAGAACGGUCACCGGGAGUGUUUGGGUCAAUACCGAUUUGAUAGGACCCUUGCCAAGUUGCGGCUGGAUCAUGCUGCAGAUCUGUUUAUUGGCAGCCUAAGGACCAUACGAUCAUAUCUCUACGUUGCGGAAAUCACCACGUCUUCACCUAAUGAGAGUGGUAUCUCGUCGUGGGUGAGGGUUUUUGGACAUGGUAGACUGGAAUGGUGGUCCUCACUCCGACAUUCUAUCGUGCGUUACACAUCAACAACAGGACAGUUCACCAAUAUGGGAACAAGAACCUAA